AGCUUAACCACCAACACUUUUGCGAAAGCUUUGACAUCUUGCCGAAUGGAGGAGCGCUGCGACGUGGGCGAUCCAGCCCAGUACACUGGACCUUACCAACAUUUGUGCAUCCUCAACGAGAAUGUGUUCGAGCACAUCCUCAGCUUCCUCAGUAACCAAGCGCUUACCAAGUUGCACACCGUCACAGGCGACUGCUACUCGAAUUGUCAGUCUCACCUGACUCAAUUCUGCUGCGCAUGCGGAAAUGACAACCCAAAAAUUCUCCACAAUGUUUGUCGAGAGUGCGAGUCAAAGUCGGGCAAUUACGUGCCAUUUGCCGAUAAGGACAUGGCCACAAGUGUUUACGGCUUGAAAAUGCGUGAGCUGGGUGAAGUUCCACCGUGCACAAGCACCAACGAAACGCUAUAUCGGCGUGUUGAUCUGGAGAAUUAUUUGGAGGCGAAAUACGGGUCGAAGCUGGGGUGGCUUCGCGAGAUCGCGCGGCGAGAUAUGGUGGAAAGGAAAAUUCAGGAAAUGGAGCAACAGGAGCAAGAGGAACGAGCAGUUUUUAUGGAAUCUUUGGCGCCAGGAUUUGUGAUCUACGCUCAACUGAUCGGCUUAGAGGAAACCAACAAGAGUCUUCUGUGGCAAUGCAGCCAACGUUUCGAUGCACUGAGGGCGGCUCUGAGGUCGCGUGGGCUUCAACUGCGACUCGGACUCAAGCAGUGUGAACGAUACGUCGUUGCUGGGGAUGUCGAUAUUUCGGAUGUGGUGGAUACUACGGAAGAAAAUGUGUUUCUCGAUACGCGCACAGAUUAUCAGUGGAAGAUGAAAAAGGCUCAGCAUGGCAACGGAGCGAGCGGCGAGAAAGCGAAGAUGGAGCUGUGCAUCUCGUACUUGGAAAACCACAAGGGACUUAAGCUUCCGCGUAAGUGGGAGAACUGUCGCCCGCGUUUUGAGGAAGUUAUACGCUCUGGAGGUACCCCGCAGUGCGAAGUACGCUACAUCUACAGCGAGUAAGAGGAAGCAUGCAAGUACUCGAUAACCAUUACGACAGGAUGCACGUGCUCUCAUUGCGAGAAAGCACGGGACGGAUCAGAUUUAGCUGAGGCUGUUUGCCUGCUAGCAAGCGGUGGGGGUAAUUACGUUGCGUGACUGUGUGGUGCUCUCCCGUUGUAACGCCUGGAAAGGGCGAAUACGACGACGACGGUACCAGGUUAGAAGUUUAGGUUAACGAGUACUCUCGAUCAAUACCCUACCGGGCAGAUGUGGUUUGAGAACAUUUCAGCACGAAAAUGUUGCUCUUGGUUUAACAGUUUGUGAAGCUUGUACCGUGAUUGCUUCUCACUCCAUUUGAUCGGAAGCGUACAGCCUCUAUUCCUGCUAUGAUUCAAACCAUUUCUUCGGCGCUUGCUGGGUCCACUCGUUAUGAAGUUCUUGGAGCAAGUUGAAAUUAUCUAGCCAUGAAAGGGUUAUAUUACCUUGGGAAAAUGGCAAAUCGAAGUUCUGGUUGAUAUUUUGGAAGCAAGAUACACUCGAUAUUUUAUUGU